AUGUCAUCGAUUGUACGACGUGAUUUUAGUUCAUUUCAUAGUUCAAACGUUGAAGAAUUACUAAAUCUAACUGAGGGUGAUUUUAUAUCAUUGCCAAUACCAUUUUCCUUAUAUGAUUAUACAAAUGAUGAUAAAAUUCCAUUUGGAUGUCGGAUGAAUGAAAAAUAUUUUUUAUUAGACAAUAAAUAUGUAUUUCUCAAUGAUGGAGGAUUUGAUUGUGUACUACGUCAAGCAUUAGAAUAUGCACAUUUGUUUCAGUAUUAUAUUGAGAAACAGCCGCUACGUUUCUAUGAUCGUGAAGUAUCUCCAAGAUUAACAGAUAUGAUAAGAAAAAUGGCAGGAUUUUUGUGUUGUACAACAGCAAUUUUAAUUGCUUAUUUAAUAUUAGUUGAGAAUGUUACGUUUGCUAGGAAUUCUCUAGUAACGUCAUUGAAUAUAAAUGAUAAAAGUCAUAUAUUCAUAACGAGUACGAUGUAUGGUGCUUAUAAAGAGUAUUUUAAGGAGAUUUGUUUGAAUACCGGUACAAAAUUAUAUGAAUUUUUGAUUGAAUUUCCAAUUGAUGAUAUCAAUAAAGUUAUAGAUAAAAUGAAAAUUGC